GCCCAUGCACACCCCCGGUCACUGUGAGCGUGGGUAUCCUCUCUCUCUGCGUCUCUCUAUCAGGAAGCAGAGCCCCGCCUCGGAUGCUGCUGCUGCCGUAUAUCUGAUUACCGCGAUACAAGAGCAAGCUUUCCUUAAAGCGACACCCCGGCUUAAUUAAUUAGAAUACCAGAGAGAGUGGAAAGGAGGAGAGCGACGCCGCGGAUGCAGGUGAGGAGAGGGAGCCGCGUCCAUCUUCUCCCUUCUUGCGUGAUGCUGUGCGUCGCCGCAUCCUUUCACCUCCUCGUGAAAGGGGGGGAAGAGGUUACGAAACCGACUGUCAUCUGACCCUGCGUGCUUUCAGAAAAACCUCCGAGACCCCCUCCUCCCUCCUCCGCUCUCCAUCCUGGGAUACAUGGACUGUCAAUGCGUCACGCUGUUUUUUAUUGUGUAUUUUUUUUGUCCGCAGACGACAGCUCUCAUGAGCCUCACAUUGAGGUGACGAAAUCGGCAGAAAAAGCGCAACACCUCGCUGCACACAAGGACCGAAUCCUUCGUGGCCUCUGUUAAAGGCGUAAAACAAAUCCGUGUCUGUCUUCUCCUCUGCGGCCUUUUUGCUUUAACGCGUUCCUUUCCGCCGCCCGCGCUUCGCCGCUCCCUCUGAGUCGAUGAAACCCGUUGAUGCGGUGUGCCUGGGUGCUCAGUCUCUCCUCGUCCUGGCCGGUGACUGACACUCUGGUCCGGGGGGGCCGCUGCCCGCAGCGAGGCAGGAUGGUGCGGAUCGCCAGCGCGCUGGGGCUUGUCAUGUUCAGCGUGGCACUGCUCAUCCUGUCGCUCAUUAGCUACGUGUCCAUCAAGAAGGACUUCCUGCUCAGCACCCCCAGAUACGGACCCAAUGGAGGACCAAGAAUGUACAUGUUCCACGCUGGCUUUCGCGAGAGGCCCCCUCGCAAACCUGACCUGAGCUCCCAGCUGGCGAUGAAGUAUCUCGAUCCGGCUUUCACUCCUCUGACCAAUGCACUCAGUGAAGACCUGCAGAACUCCUCUAGGUGGAGGUACAACAGAACUGCUUUUGUACAGCAGAGGACAGAGAUCGCUCAAUACAUUGACAUCCCACACAACUUCUCGCUGACAAGAGACUCAGUCAGAAUCGGACAGCUGAUGCACUAUGACUAUUCCAGCCAUAAGUACGUCUUCUCCAUUGGUGAGAACUUUCGCUCACUCCUCCCAGAGGUCUCACCAAUCCUCAACAAACACUAUAAUGUCUGCGCCGUUGUCGGCAACAGUGGCAUCCUCACGGGCUCCCGCUGUGGUGCCGAGAUUGAGAAGUUUGACUUUGUCUUCCGCUGCAACUUUGCACCAACGGAGAUCUUUAAGAAGGAUGUUGGGCGUCGGACCAACAUGACGACUUUUAACCCUAGUAUCCUGGAGAAAUACUACAACAAUUUACUGACUGUGCAGGACAGGAACAACUUUUUUCUGAGCCUGAAGAAGCUGGAUGGUGCCAUCCUGUGGAUCCCAGCGUUUUUUUUCCACACUUCGGCCACAGUGACGAGAACGCUGGUGGACUUUUUUGUGGAACAUCGAGGUCAGCUGAAGGUCCAGCUAGCUUGGCCUGGAAACAUCAUGCAGUACAUCAACAACUACUGGAAAACAAAACAGUUGUCGCCUAAGCGUCUAAGCACUGGCAUCCUGAUGUACACGCUGGCUUCCUCCAUGUGUGACGAGAUCCAUCUGUACGGCUUCUGGCCCUUCGGCUGGGACCCCAACACGGGUAAGGAACUGCCGUACCACUACUACGACAAAAAGGGCACCAAGUUCACCACCAAAUGGCAGGAAUCCCAUCAGCUACCCGCCGAGUUUAAGCUCCUCUACAAGAUGCAUACAGAUGGGCUUCUGAAGCUCUCCCUCUCUCACUGUCAAGCCUGAAACUCCAACAGGUACGGAGUUUCUUCACGCUCGCGAAUCCACAGAACAGAAUCACAGAAAUCAUGAGAUGGGGUGGUGAAAGAGUCAUGCAGGUUGAGAUGGAUUCUUACAGUGUUUCCUGCCUCCGCCCAAGUCCAUAAUCCUGCGCUCAAUGUGAACUCCAACAGCCCGAGAAAAAAGGAGCAUGUUAAUCUUCCCUUGCUCAGAUAUCAAAAGUUGCACAAGACUCGUGUCAGUUUUUUGAUAACGGUUGACCUACAGCUAAUGUUCCUUUUGAGAACAAAAUAUGAACAGAAUCAUUACUCCAUAGCACAACUUCAGAUCAGCAUAUUGCCUUUUUUAGAAUAUCACCACUGUGUUGACGCACACAGGGGGCGGACGCCAUGUCAUUCAGCAACACAACGUAAGAGCCAGUCAGAGUUAAAACCCAAGGGUUAAUUGGAGAUUCAGUCUUGGACAAAGUCAUGAUGUCUUUCUCCCCUGUCCUGUCUUGUACUAGGCUCAUAUUAUAAUACAAGCAGGUGCACAGUGUUGGUGUGUGGUCAACCUUGAAAGUGGACUUUUUUCGUUUCAUUAUCCUGCUGAUGCCUCCAACAGCAGUCGCACAACAAAGUACUGUUUGUCCGUUGUUUCGUCUGUUGAUAAAUUUUGCUCUGUCGAACACUGUCACUUGUCCAAGAGACGUGUUGAACAUUUCUAGAUUUUUCUUCACGAAUUGUGACGUACAAAAGUGAAUGGCAGGAGGUUCCAAAUUCUAAUAUCACAGUUUAAUCUGAUAGCUCCAACAUUAUUAGUCACUGCAUCACCAUGGGUGCAAAGAAGCUGUCAAAAAAAAAAAGGGCAUGACGUUUCCAGGUGUCUCUGAAGUGACCUUCAUGUCCUUCUUCUGCAAACCUUUUGCCAAGUUAAGCUGUCUGCUCAGAUGUGCCAUUGAGGGCAUUCAUUCUCUGCUUGUCCUACACUACUCAUACUAUAAUCAGUAUUCUUGAAAAGAAGUGCAGCUUCUUUGUCUUAGACAGGUCACUGACUUUUAAUUCAGCACAGACUUCACACAAAAAAAAACAAAUCUGGGAUGCACUGUACGACAUAGACACUAAAUAAUUUUUUUUUUUUCUUUUUAAAACAAUUCAAUUCCAUUUUAUUCAUAUAGCGUCAAUAACAAUCAAAUUGGGCCCUAGAGACUUUACAGAACCAAAAACCUGAGCAGGCAAACCUUUUAAAAGGAAGGACCCUGCUCAUACUGGGGGUCUCAUCUACUUGACCCAGGAAAGAGACAGAAAAAAUAAGAUGAUGGAAGGAGAUGGAAAAAGGGGGAGGAGGACAAGAAGGAGGAGAUUGCAGCAGAAACAAACUCAUGAAAGUCAACUCAGAAAGAAAUGUAUGCAUGCACAUGGAUAUAGAAAAAAAUGAUCAGGAAAAUAAACACUGACAGGAGAGGCAAAUAACAUUGACCACUUUGUGACAAUACAGUUUUCUGCUGGCAUUUUGGACCUGCCUGUUACUUAAUAAUAAUGCAUCGGUUUUAUAUAGCGCUUUUCCAUUAGAUGCUCAAAGCGCUCACAGUUAAAUGCAUUAUUCAUUCGCUCGCACAGUCACCCCCUAGUGGUGGUAAACUACCUCAGUAGUCACAGCUGCCCUGGGACAGGCUGAUGGAAACGUGGCUGCCAAUGUGCGCCAACGGCCUCUCCGACCACCUUCAAACAUCAAAUUGCAAUCAUAUGGGAGCAAGGUGGGUUAAGUGUUUUGCUGAAGUACCACCUAGUUAGCGGUACUUAGACAUGUACCACCCACCAGACCAGACCAGGCAUGCUCACACCAUAGCACUGGCACUCCCAGAUGGCAGCAGUCAGAUAGAGACACACGCACAAAAAACGUUUAGAAACUGAAGAACACCACAAGGUGUUGACCUGGCCUUCAAAACUGAGAAGCUCCUCCCCUCAACCCACAGGACACCUUCAGAAAGUCCAUGUCCAUUCUCUGAUGAUUCACAACUAUUUUGGAGCCACAAUGGAAACCUACACAAUAUUAGGAAGGUGGUCAUAAUGUUAUGCCUGAUCAGUGUACAUUGUACAUUGUACAGUGUACAAACAAGGUGAUACGUGAUACAACGGAGAUUGAUGUAUCUGAAUGAAUGAGCAUUCAAAAUAGCAAGUAUAGAAUUGGACAGGACAUUUUUAGACAUAGACCAUAGCUCUAUGUAAAAGUAAUAACACUAACAUGCCAUUAAUCAGUGCAUCAGUAAUUGCACUGGAAUUUGGAUACAAGAGGAAAAUUUGAAUCUCCUACUUGAAAUGUGCCAUUGUCCAUUUACAUAACUAACUGAUACCUGCCAGCAUUGUCCGGUUUGAGUCAUGUUUGUCCAGUUUAAGUGCAAUACUCCCUCUCCUUUUAGCUCUGAUCUAUCUACCAGCUCUCGCUCUUCAGCUGCCAAAUGUUCCACUGUCUUCACCAGCUGCUUGCUCUUUUACAUGUCUUCCAGAAAAUGGUUGUAUAGCAUACAAGUUGUCAGUUAUUAUAGCUAAAUAGCUUUCAUGUUACCUCAUUAGAAAAACUAAAGCCAGAGCUAUGCUUAAAACAAAGAGUAGAAUCUAUUCUACUGGUUCUAUUGAACAAUAAACCAUAAAGUAAGAGAUGUUAUGUUAAGAGAUUUGACACUGUAAAUUCAUAGCUAGAGGUAAAGAUCAAUAUAAAUGGAAAUGUUGCCUUGACAUCAAGACAGUGGAAUCAGAUUUAAAAAUAAUUCAGGCUAUAGUUAUGAAGGUUGUGUUCACAUAUCGUUGAAUAAAUUAUGUAGUAGUAGUCUUUUUUUUCAUAGUCAUUUUAACGUCAUCUGAGUGCCAUGAACGAAAUAGGAUGAAUGGAUUACUUAAUACCCCACGCUUCAUUGCUCCGUUUGGUUGUAGGACUAUACUUCUACACAGAGGGAUAUUUUAUUUUUCUUUGAGUUAUCAGUUAAAACAUACCCCAUAAUGAAAUCCUAAUGUUAUAUUAUGUUGACCAACUCAUACUGACUCUUAUUUUGAUAAGAACUGAGUGUAGCUACUUCAGCUACAUUGUUACUGCUACAUUGACAAUUUUAACUGGAAAACUACUGCACAAGUGUUGGAUGUGGUGGACCUGUAUCCAGCAUCCUGACCUCCAUACCUUUAUGUUUCACUUCUUUAUAGAAGUGUUCACUACUUCCUUCAGCACUGAUCUUUGGCAUUGAAUGCAAAUCCCAAGGAAUCAAGUGACAGAGUCUAUGUCGUUGUGUUGAUUGUAGGUCUAACAAACUAUAUAUGCGGGACCUUCACUGGGCGAGUUGCGAUUGCAGUUUUAAAAAAUAUCCAGACUUUAUCAUAAAAUCAUGUGCUGACACCCACUUUUUUAAACUUGAUUUCUCACCCUAAGAGCCUUGCCAUUGUCUUUGUAAUGACAAGAUUGUGAGUCGUGUAGCUCAGGAUUUGCUUGUCAGCCACUACAAAUCUCUUCCUGUUCAUUGUUCUUAGCACAAGAUAUCUGUGGUGGGAGAGCAGAGGGGAAGAGCUGUUACAAGAUUGAAAAACAAAAUGAAAAUGUGUGUGUGUGUCGGGGGUGGGGGGGGUUACCGGAUGCAGGAAAUACGACAGUGCCAUGAACUGCUCAGGGGCGCUGCAUACGAGGGCAUGUAGCUGCUGCCAAUGAAGAGGUUGUACUUAAAAAAACAAUAGGGCGACUGCGUUGAGAUGCAUAUCAUUUGUUGAUGUUUUUCGGCUUUUAAAAGAGCUAGUCCAUACAACUGAUGAAUCCAUAUCUGUGUGACAAUGCGAGUUUUAUGUGAGUCCAAAUUCGUCUUAUCAUAAGAAAUUGGUAGCAUAUCCCAACAAGGGAUCAUGGAAGUUUGUCCAAAUAAAUACACGAUCAGACAAGCGGAAUUAAAACAAGAAACCAUUAUAUUCUCACCGUCAUUAAUCAUAAUUUGUAGAUGUUACAUAAAAUGCAUCAUGUCAGUUCAGGGUGGAUCCAGUUAUUUUGGAUAAAGUGAGGUUAGUUUGAUCAAGCUUUCUUCCAAUUUACAAAAAAAAAAAUAAAAAAAUGCAGCCCUUAAAUUUUUGUGGAAAAAUGUUGGCACAUCAGGCAUUCCAUAGAUGGUAUGCAUCUGUAUACUCAGGUUUUUGUGAAUGGGUACAAUUGUACAAACAACUUUAACUGUUGCUUCUGUGUGUGUUCCGUGGUAUGUUUUCCUGAACCCUCUAAUUAUUUGCAAUUAGUGAUGCAAAAAAAGCUUAGCUUGAUGUUUGAUUCCUGUGUUCUUGACCUGGGAAGCGAUACAUACAUGAUAAUGAAUAAUGAAAGACGACAAACACCUUGGCACACGUGACUUCAGCCAUGUCAAAUGUAAAUGAUCAUAUUUAUGAAGUGCUUUUUUUCUGAAAAGUAGACACGCGUCUCUUUCAGGAUUCUUUUUUCAUGUUUGCUCAUAUUUGCUGCUGUGCGUCAGAGAGAGAACAGAAGCAAGAGAAAGAUGUUCAUGUCGUCAUUUCAGUGUCAUUUUCUUUGCCUCCUCUCUGUUUGUUUUUCAUUCAAAAUGAUGUACAUAUUUGACUUGAAAUGUGACAUUAUCAGGACCUUCAGGACGGUUGUUGACAUGGAUGUGAAACCCACUAUUUAAAAAGAAUAUUUAUUUUCUGACUUGAAUGCAUUACCAACUCUUGUUGAUGCACAAGGUAAUGUAAUUGGAAUAUUCAUUUUCUUCUUUCAUCAUUACUUUUGUAAUAUAUAUAUAUCCAAAUGUUAUAUAUAUAGUCAGAUAAAGAUUUUUCCAGAAUGUAUUUUUUUGCAUUUUGAAUGAAACUGAGGCCAUUUUCAUCCAUAAUGAAGUCUGUAGAGACCAUUCUAGUAACAGUAACAUAUACUGUAAACACAUGUAGAUAUAACAUACAAUACUCUGUAUAUUAGCAAAUGUGUUUUAUCCAUCUAAUACUUGAAAUAAAGCAUAUCUAUCAUGUAUUUAUUUAAUUAUUUAGUCAUUAAAUGAAUGAAAUUAUCAAUUUGA